GUCUCCGGAUGUCUCUCUGACAGUUUUCAGUUAUAAGCUCUGCAACUACAAGAUGCAAACGAGUGCGUAGAGUGAGGGAUUUGCCUUUGUCUCCUCUUGUCUGUCUUACAGUUUUUACAGUUUUUAGUUAUAAUCUGUGCGUGGCGUUUGAGGAUUCACUAAACUACGCCAUGGCUGGAGGCAACGGAAAGUUGAGCAAGAACAACAGUAGAAGAGGAGGCUCUGGUCGAACUCUCUUCGUUGAUGGAGGCUUCUUAUAUAAUGGGCAGAAGAAUCCUUCGCUCCCACGAUCUCCUCGAGGGAAAAUCUCUAGAGAGAAUGGGAAAUCUGCGUCGAAGUCUAGAAAAUCCGACAAGCAGAGGACUUCUGCUUCAAGGGACGGAGCUCGAAAACCGACUGGAAAUGCUUUUGGGUAUGAAUAUCCAGUUCUUGACGUUCAGGAGCUUCUGCGUUCGGAAUCGGGUGUUGAUGGGAAUACUAGAUCGCAUCCCAUUGUUUUACUUGAUUCCAUCGAGACCCAGGUUGCUGCUCAUGUAGAUGAAACACCUUGUGUCAAACCUUUUAAUGGAGAUACUACUUAUGAAUAUGGUUCGAGUUUCGUUCUGGGGGGAAGCUGUCACAGAGGGUUGGGAUUCAAUGAUGAGCUGGAGAAGACCCAAAAUGGAAUUUGGGCUUCUUCCGCCGGAGUAAAAGAAAGAGAAGGGUUUGAAUUCAAUUCAUCGUCUGCUGAAAAGGAAAGGAAACAAGGUGAAAAGAAUGAAACCUUUGUCAUCGAAGGUCCAGCUUCCGAGAAGAAUUUGGGUUUCCUGCCUAUGGGAGACAUGAGAUUAUACAAGGAAGAUAUGUCUGAUGAGGAUGAGGAAAGAUAUGCGUUUCAGGAAAAUGGGAGAGAUUCAGUUUACGAAGGAAGCUCGUCUUCUUCUAAUCCAAGUGAUACGGAUGGCUCAUCUGAAAGUGAUGAUUUGGGGGAAAUUCUGUCCGAUACUGGGUUUGAUGAAGAGGUGGCAGAAGAUUACUUGGAGAGAGUUGGAAGAAACUAUGAGUUUCUGAAUUCCAAGUGGUUAGUUGAUCAGGCUCUGGGUGUUUCAGAUAUUGAUAGCUCAUUCAGAAGUAACAGUGAUGAGAGUUCAGAAAUGUUGGAAGGGCGUGCCCUGCAGAAUGCGUCUCAGGAAUAUGGUAUGAAGAAGCCAAGAUCAAAGGUUUUUCCCAGCAGCCCUACAGCAGUGAAUGAUGGGUCACUGGUUCUGGAUGAUAUUUUAUUAGUUAAGGAACCAAAGGCAGUUUCAGGUAAGAAGAAGCAAGCUAUUUGGCUUCCUCGGUCUUGGCUUUCUGAGGGCCAGAAGAAUAGAAAUUUCAGAAAUGGUCCAGGUGCAAAAAAGAAACAUAGAAAGGAAACAAUUUCUUUAAAGCGUCGGGCAAGAAUGAUGCACCGUGGUGUUGAUCUUGAGCAAAUAAAUUCAAAACUAGAACAGAUGGUUCUGAAUGAGGUAGAUGUUUUAUCAUUCCAACCCAUGAAUUCCCAUGAUUGUUCUCGGGUACAACGGCUGGCAUCAAUUUACCACUUACAAAGUGGUUGCCAAGGUUCUGGAAAGAAGAGAUUUGUCACGGUGACACGAACUGGACAUACCUGCUUGCCUUCUUCAGCUGAUAAACCCUGCUUAGAGAAGCUGCUUACAGCCGGGAAUGAGCAUGGUAAUUCUGCAGUCAAAACUAAGACAAAAUCUCUAUCUGAAGAGAGAAGCAGAACUAAAAAAGUCAAGAAGCUGAGUGGGUUGAAUCCACCAGGAUCAGACCAGUCUGUUCCAAGGAAGUCAUCAAAGAACUCGGCCAAUCACCGGUGCAACAGCAAAUCGGGUGGGAGGAAGCAUUCUGGCAAGCAGAGCCCCAUGUAUGCCAAUCAGCCAGUGUUGUUCGUCUCGAGUGGCAUUAUGCAUGCUGAUGUCCAGGAGGACAUGAGAACCCCUGAUUCAAAUAAGAACUGCAGCACUGAUCCUGAAAACAGAGUGAUCUCAAGCUCCUCCAAAUUGGGUGCAUUUGAGAUGCAUACAAAGGGAUUUGGAUCAAAGAUGAUGGCCAAGAUGGGGUUUGUGGAAGGGGGAGGGCUAGGAAGAGAUGGCCAAGGGAUGGUGGAACCCCUUGAAGCUAUUAAAUGGCCCAAGUCACUUGGAUUGGGUGUUAAAUUCUCCAAAGCCAUUGGGACUGCUAGAUCCCAACCUGAAAGAAUUGGUGCUUUUGAGAAGCACACAAAAGGGUCUGGAUCAAGAAUGAUGGAAAGGAUGGGUUUUGUGGAGGGAAUGGGCUUGGGCAGAGAUUCACAAGGUAUUGUCACUCCAUUAGUUGCAGUCAGGCUUCCAAAAUCACGAGGACUGGGUGCAAAUGCAUAGAUGUUACUUCUGAAUAAUCUCAUUGUUUAUGACUGGAAUAAUUCUUUAGUUCUUUGCAGUCUACAUUAUUUGUACAUGAAUAUCGGCAAUCCCACUAUCAUAAUGGCAAUUUACU